AUGGGUGAACUCAUGAUGCAGUGGUUAAAUGCUAAUGUCUUGGAAUUGGGUCUAGUUGAGCUGCAAGAGCUCCAAAAGUGGCUGGAAGCAGUGGACAGUGUAGUCAAAGAGAAGAUGAACAAGAUACUAGUUGAAGCAAGGAAAAUAACUCAAGGGUCAAUGCCACAACCACUUAUGGAGAUAGCUUCCACUUCACGGUACCAGUUUGGUCAGCACAUCAAUGCCGAUUCAAUGGCUUCCACAGGUCCUAGUUCGAGCAAUGGAUUCAUUUAUCGUAGCAAAUAA